AAAUAGCCAAAAUUCAGGUACUGAGUAAUAUAACACGUAUUACGUGACAACACAGUUUAUGUGCUACUUAAUUCAUAUUUGAAUAUUGACACAGAGAAACCUGAAUAGCAAUUGAUAAAAAGUAAACACACAAAAUAAGAAAAGCAUGUCAUCCUGUUUUUUUGCUAAUUUGCACUGCGUCCUUUACCCUUUUUUAUUAUUGGCUGUUUGUGUUCAUACCUGCUGACAUACAGAACAUCUGUGGAAAGUACAUCAAUAGUAGUUGACAGUGUUGAGUUGUAAAUUAUGCUGUCUGUCUAAGGUGUUCAUAUCCACCCUUCCGCAGCACAAAUAAAGGUGUGUUCAUUCUUGAGUGAAAGAAAAUCUGUUUUCUUUCUUUUCUAUUUUUCUACUAUUAAUUUUGUUGCAAUGCACCUUCCUUACAUCCUCAGUUACCAAAAAACCACUGCUGGUAAAUUGGAAGAUAAAUACAAGCACCUACAAAGCUAGUAAAUCACCUUUUUAUGAGCUAAACCUUGUGACUUGUCUGGAAAAGUUCCAGUGUUGCAAUUAAUGCCUGGAGGAAACACUCCAAAUAUGGCAUGACAGACUGCAAAUGAGCCUUAAGGCUGGACUCACCUGUUAUAUGAUGUCGAGACAGAGACAGACUCUCCUUAUUCUCACACAGUUUAUGAUUGCAUUAUACCUCAGAGUCUGACAGAAGAGAGAACCAUGUCUUUUUGUAGAUUUCCUUUCACAGAAAACAAGAGAAUGAAGAACAGGGCGUUAAUAGUGUCUGUGGAGAACUUCUAUCCAGAUGCAGGUCUGAGCAAGAGGAACGGUGUGAAGAGAGACUCUCGAAGACUUCACAAAAUCCUCACCAAACUCGGCUUCUCUGUGGAAAUCAGAAUAGACAUUGAAGCAGAAGAGAUCUGUGAAGCAUUUAAAGCAGAGAGCGAGAAGACGGUCAAAGACUGUUUUGUGGGCAUCAUAUCCACUCAUGGUGAGGAGGGUGUUGUGUUUGGUGCUGACGGAUGUGCCGUGAAACUGGCCGAGAUCUACAGCUACUUUGGAGGCCCUUCAAUGGUGGACAAGAGCAAACUCUUCCUGAUCCAGGCUUGUCGAGGACAUGAGUUAGAUGGAGGUGUGGAGGUGGAGACAGACUCUUCAUUCUCAGAGGAAGAUGACGGCUUGUCUGAGCUUUUUUCCAUUCCUAUUGACACUGCAGUUAUGUACGCCACAUCACCAGGUUACGGUGCGUUCAUGCAUCCUCUGGGCUCGGUGUUGAUUCAGACUCUCUGUGAUUUGCUGGAAAAGGAAGGAGGUCCAGAUCUGGAGAUCACAAAACUUCUGACUCGACUAAACCACCAGGUGGCCUACAACUUCCAAUCAAGAGGGGAAAAGUUGGGCGGCAAAAAGCAGAUGCCGUGCUUUGCGACCCGCUUUACCAGUGAAGUCUUCCCGUUCAUGGACAGCAGGACGGCAGCAGCAGAAGAUCUGAGCUUGACCUUUGCAGCCACAAAACUCAUCGAUGAACCCAGAAGGUCCCGGAAGAGCUCCAUCAGCUGAAGAUCAUUUAACAGAGACUGACUGUGAAGAAUCUGAUGAGGGAAAUCUUUAUCUCAGAUAAACUUUUCUAUAACAUCUCUCAAAGUAUCUCACCGGAGACUGAUAAUGAAGCCAGUGACGUCAUGUCACGUAAAGUUUCAGAAGGAAGUGAGUGGUUGGGAAAGUUACCAGAUGUGACCUGUACUUUCAUGGUGCUCAAUUUGUGUAUCAUGACCUUUUGCAACCUACUCAUGUAGCCUAUAAUAUUCUAUUUAUUAUGCAUAUACAAUACCAUUUAAACUUUUGGGGUUCCUGUGUUCACCAAGGCUGCAUUCAUUUGAUCAAAAAUACAGUAAAAAUAGUAAUAUCAUGAAAUAUUAUUCCUGUGAUGCAAAGCUGAAUUUUCAGCAU